UUCAGACGUGGAUAUAACGCGACUACCCAUAAUGCUUUCUUUCUUUCUCUCCCCGAGUCGCCGCCAUGAAGGUCGAGCUCUGCAGCUUCAGUGGUUACAAGAUCUACCCCGGUCAUGGCCGACGGUAUGCCAGGAUUGACGGGAAGGUUUUCCAGUUCCUGAAUGCAAAGUGUGAAUCUGCUUUCCUGGCCAAGAGGAACCCCAGGCAGAUAAACUGGACUGUUCUGUACAGGCGUAAGCACAAGAAAGGCCAGUCUGAAGAUGUGGCGAAGAAGCGCACCCGUCGGGCAGUGAAGUUCCAGAGGGCCAUCACCGGUGCCUCCCUGGCUGAAAUCCUGGCCAAGAGGAAUCAGAAGCCUGAAGUUCGCAAGGCCCAGAGGGAACAGGCAAUUAGAGCUGCCAAGGAGGCCAAGAAGGCCAAGCAGGCAACAAAGAAGCCUUCAACUGCAAGUGCAAAGGCCCCCACCAAGGCUGCACCCAAGCAGAAGAUCGCCAAGCCAAUGAAAAUCAAUGCUCCUCGCGUUGGAGGAAAGCGCUAAGCUGAUUAUUUGGUCUUCUGUUUAUUAAUAAAAUACUCAAAUGAACAGUU